GGUGAGACUAAGAAUGCUGUGAGCGCCAUCCACCCCGCACCUGCAAACACACACACACACCACUCCUCCACCUCGCACACCUUCCCUUCCAUCUGCACACGCAACCCCUGGUCUGGCCGGAUGAGUUACCACCCGGUGGACACGAUAGGGAGUCCAUUCAGGAGAAGUAUGGAUAGUAGGACCACCUACGGCCGCUCCACUGGCACCCCCUCCAGCGGGUUCCGUUCUCAGUCCUGGUCCCGGGCAAGCCCAGGCUCCACGAUGACCUCCUCCUACAAGAGGAGCGUCAAUAUGCCGGUAGCCCGAGCGUACAGCUCCACAGUCCUCAGCUCCGCCGACAGCGUUGAUUUCAAUCAAACGAACGGAGACUACAAGCGCUCCAACGAGAAAGAGCAGCUCCAGGGGCUCAACGACCGCUUCGCCGGUUACAUCGACAAGGUGCACUACCUGGAGCAGCAGAACAGCCAAAUCGAAGAGGAGAUCCAGACGCUGCGGCAGAAGCAGGUGUCGCCAUCCCAGCUAGGCGAUUUAUACGACCAGGAACUCCAGGAGCUGCGCUCCAUGCUGGAGCAGAUUCACCACGAUAAAGCGCAGAUCCAGCUCGACACGGACCACGUCGAGGAUGACAUCCAGAGAAUUAGGGACCGUUUCGACGAGGAAGCCCGCAUCAGGGAUGAGACGGAAGGCAUCAUCCGGGCGUAAAAAGAUAUGACCGACUCUGAUUUGGUGAAGUCAGAGUUGGAGAAGAAAGUUCAGUCACUGCACGACGAGAUUGCCUUUAUCCGCAACAACCACGAGGAAGAGGUGGGCGACCUGUUCGCCCAGGUGCAGGCGUCGCAGGUGACCAUGGAGAGGAAAGACAUCCAGAAGACGGACAUCACCGAGGCGCUCCGGGAGAUCCGCACCCAGCUCGAGGGCCACUCCAACCAGAACCUGCAGCAGGUGGAGGACUGGUUCAUGUGCCGCUAUUCCAAGCUCACUGAUGCUGCGGAACAAAACAAAGAUGCAAUCAAGUCCGCCCGUGAUGAGAUAGCAGACUACCGCCGCCAGCUCCAGUCCAAGACCGUGGAGUUAGAGUCCGUCCGUGGAACCAGGGAGUCACUGGAGAGGCAGUUGAAUGACAUCGAGGACCGACACAACAGCGACCUGUCCAGCCUGCAGGAGACCAUCCACCAGCUGGAUAAUGAGCUCAAGGGCACGAAGUGGGAGAUGGCGCGUCAUCUGCGCGAGUACCAGGACCUGCUCAAUGUCAAGAUGGCCCUGGACAUUGAGAUAGCUGCAUACAGGAAACUCCUAGAAGGUGAAGAGACCCACUUUAGCACUUUCCCUUACCGCCACACCGUUACCUCCUCUAAGAAGUCCAAGUAUGAGCCUCCCAAACUGAAAGUCCAGCAUAAGUUUGUCGAGGAGAUCAUCGAGGAGACCAGGGUAGAGGAUGAGAAGGAUGAGAUGGACCAAGACCUGGCUGAGAUCGCCCAGGAGCUUUCUGCCGCUCUGGAGACAGAGGCCACAGAUGAAGGAGAGGAUGAGGGAGAAGAGGGAGGAGAAGAAGCAGAGGGAGAAGAGGGAGAAGGGGGAGAGGGUGAAUCAGAAGAGGUUGUAGCCUCCACUGAUGCCCAAGUUAGCUCCAGCACACCUGCUGAGGAGGAAGAGGAGGUCAAAGAAGGUGGUGAUGAAGAGGAAGAGGGCGAAAAAGAAGAAGAGGAUGAGAAAGGAGAAGAGGGUGAGGGUGACAAGGAAGAUGAUACAGAAGGUGGUGAUGAGGGAGAAGGAGAGGGGGAAUUAGAGGAGACAGUCCUGUGCUCUAAAGCCCCAGAAUCAAAGGCCUCUCCUGACAAAGAGAAGGGAAGCGGAGGAGAAGAGGAGACAGGAGAGGGAGAAGAGGAGGGAGAUGAUCAAGAUGAAGAUGCAGGUAGUGACAAAGGAUCCAAAGAUGGAGAUGAUAAGGAUGAGGAAGAUGAGAAGAAAGGAAAGGAUGAGAAAGAAGACAAAACAGAUGAGAAGGCAGCUGUAGCCAAGACAGAGGCUCCCAAAACAGAAGCCCCCAAGAGUGAGGCCCCAAAAGUUGAGGUCCAGAAAUCUGAGGCCCCAAAGCCCUCCAAGCCAGACUCCCUAAAAGCUGAAUCCCCAAAGGCUGGGUCCCCCAAGUCUGAGUCACCAAAAGCUGGAUCCCCCAAACAUGAAUCCCCCAAAGCUGUAACCCCCAAAUCUGAAUCUCCAAAACCUGGCUCCCCCAAAUCUGAAUCCCCAAAACCUGCUGGAUCCCCAAAUCUGAAUCCCCAAAACCUGCUGGAUCCCCCCAAAUCUGAAUCCCCAAAACCUUCUGGAUCCCCUAAAACUGAAUCCCCAAAACCUGCUGGAUCCCCUAAAUCUGAAUCCCCAAAACCUGCUGGAUCCCCUAAAUCUGAAUCCCCAAAACCUGCUGGAUCCCCUACUUCUGAAUCCCCAAAACCUGCUGGAUCCCCUAAAUCUGAAUCCCCAAAACCUGCUGGAUCCCCUACUUCUGAAUCCCCAAAACCUGCUGGAUCCCCUAAAUCUGAAUCCCCAAAACCUGCUGGAUCCCCUACUUCUGAAUCCCCAAAACCUUCUGGAUCCCCUAAAUCUGAAUCCCCAAAACCUGCUGGAUCCCCUACUUCUGAAUCCCCAAAACCUGCUGGAUCCCCUAAAUCUGAAUCCCCAAAACCUGCUGGCUCCCCCAAAUCUGAAUCCCCCAAACCUGCUGGCUCCCCAAAUCUGAAUCCCCAAAACUUACAGGAUCCCCAAAAUCUGAAUCCCCAAAACCUACAGGAUCCCCCAAAUCUGAAUCUCCCAAAUUAGGAUCCCCCAAGGCAGA